GAUUAAGGUGAAGUCACCUGGCGUGAAUCAGAUCCCAAACUGGAUCUUAUGGCUUGAGAUGUUCUUUGGGGAUUGCUUUUACAAGCUCAUUACUGUAUCUUCCCUCAAAAGUGACAAGACAGGAACUCGAAUCUGGGACCUCUAAGCUCGAUAAAGUACUUGUAUAUUACAUCUUAACCCGUGAGUGAUUGUAAAUCAUUGUGCAAUAAGAAUUCAGAGUUCCAGACUGAAAGUAAUGUGGGAAAGAUCGUGUUCAGGAAAAGGUUUCAGUUUCUCUGUGAAGCAAGCAUGAUACUCCACCUAUUUCCUGAAAAUUAAAAUUGAGCUGGGAUUAGGACUGUGUGUAUGCUGGGAGCACAUCAGCCCCCAAACAAGAAAGAUGAAACCGACAGUGUAUUCUUUGGCCAAAUGAAGUUGGCAGAAAGGGAGAAGUUGCCUAGAAGGAAAGUGUGACAAUAUUAGAAAGUAAAUUAAAUGUGAAGAAAACGGAAUGAGAUCAACAAGAGGACAUUAUUCGCGUUUAACUAAAACUAAUUGCAUCCACAACCAACCAGGAUAAUUAAUGGCUACAGAAGCCAGGUCCUUCUGAAGAAUGCUGGGUGAAGAGGGAGCAGAUUAUUGUUCCUUUACAGUUCUUAUACUUGUACAUUAGGAAGGUGCCACCCACUAAAGACCCGGAUGCAGAGUCUACAGCCUGACCCAGCUGCCCGCUAUCGAAAUGUGUUGGAGGCCCUCUGGAGGAUUAUAAGAACGGAGGGCCUAUGGAGGCCCAUGCGGGGGCUGAACGUCACAGCAACAGGCGCAGGGCCUGCCCAUGCCCUCUAUUUUGCCUGCUACGAAAAGUUAAAAAAGACAUUGAGUGAUGUAAUCCACCCUGGGGGCAAUAGCCAUAUUGCCAAUGGUGCAGCUGGAUGUGUGGCAACAUUACUUCAUGAUGCAGCCAUGAAUCCAGCAGAAGUGGUCAAGCAGAGGAUGCAGAUGUACAACUCACCAUACCACCGGGUGACAGACUGUGUACGGGCAGUGUGGCAAAAUGAAGGGGCCGGGGCCUUUUACCGCAGCUACACCACCCAGCUAACCAUGAACGUUCCCUUCCAAGCCAUUCACUUCAUGACCUAUGAAUUCCUGCAGGAGCACUUUAACCCCCAGAGACGGUACAACCCUAGCUCCCAUGUCCUUUCUGGAGCCUGUGCAGGAGCUGUAGCUGCCGCUGCCACAACCCCACUGGACGUUUGCAAAACACUGCUCAACACCCAGGAAUCUUUGGCUUUGAACUCAAACAUUACAGGACAUAUCACAGGCAUGGCUAGUGCCUUCAGGACGGUAUAUCAAGUAGGUGGGGUGACCGCCUACUUCCGAGGAGUACAGGCCAGAGUAAUUUACCAGAUCCCUUCCACAGCCAUUGCAUGGUCUGUGUAUGAGUUCUUCAAAUACCUAAUCACUAAACAGCAAGAAGAGUGGAGGGCAGGCAAGUGAAGUAGCACCGAAUGAAGCUAGGGGUUCAGACAAUAUUGCUGCAUCCUGCCCACUCCAGCCACAUUCUCUGUCUCCCGGCAUGUUGCAGCCUUGAGUGGAGGUGGAAGAAAGGUAGAGGGCUCUCCCCAGGCUAUUGGUGUUUUGGCUAACACCAGUUUCUGCCAACCUCUGUGGCCGCCACCUUUCCUUCCAGGCCCUACGCAGUGCAGCCAAGCACACUACAACACCUUUGACCACCUGUCUUCACCCUGGGCCUGAUGACCUGUUCUAGACUGUUAUAGAGGGAUAAGCAGCUCAUUCCCCUGGUUUCUAAUAAAAAGCCUUUAAGUUAAA